ACAUUAUCCGGCAUAGGUUAACGGUCGUCUGCUUCUCUGAUCUUGCUAAAUUAAAUUGCAAUUUGUUGGUGUUAAAUAAAAAUGCUCUUCUAUUCAUUUUUCAAAUCAUUGGUCGGGAAAGAUGUUGUCGUCGAACUCAAAAACGAUUUGAGUAUUUGUGGAACUUUGCAUUCAGUGGAUCAGUAUCUUAAUAUAAAACUUACAGAUAUUAGCAUAACGGAUCCUGAUAAAUACCCUCAUAUGCUCUCAGUUAAAAACUGUUUCAUCCGUGGAUCAGUGGUGCGCUAUGUCCAACUACCACCUGAAGAAGUUGAUCACCAGCUUUUGCAGGAUGCAGCACGAAAGGAAUCCCAGCACUCUAAACACUAACUUGCCAGCUUUUGUACUAAGUAAUGCUGUAAUACAACAUGAUCUUUUUUCAAAUA